UAUAUAUAUAUCAAAAGUCAAAAACAAAACGAAACAAACAGUUAAUAAUGGCAGAAACCGGAGCUAAGCGAUGGAACUUUGGGGCCAAUGAGGCCGUCGAGCUAUCUUGUUCGCAGAACGUCCGCUAUUUUCUGAACCUCCUCGCCGAUAAUCUCGACGGCGGCGGCGGAGGUUUGUGAGAGAUGUUUACGUUUCAACUAUGGGAUUAGAUUUCGUAGGGCUGUUGCAGAGUACCUUUCCCUUGAUCUAUCUUACGAGAUCUGUCCAAAUGAUGUCCAUCUGACAGCUGGUUGUCAUCACGCCAUUGAUGUCUUGAUCUCCACGCUAGCCGUUCCUGGAGCCAACAUUCUGCUGCCAAGGCCCACUUACCCCAUGUACGAUUCCCGAGCGUCUUUCAGCAAGCUUGAGAUCCGUCGCUAUGACCUCCUUCCGGAAAAUGGCUGGGAGGUUGAUCUCGAUGCACUUGAAGCUCUUGCUGAUGACAAAACCGUUGCUCUGCUUCUUAUCAACCCCUGCAAUCCCUGCGGCAACGUUUUCUCCCGUCAACACCUGCAAAAGAUUGCAGAAACUGCUAGCAAGCUUGGAGUACUUGUGAUCGCAGACGAAGUCUACAGGAAUAUUACCUUUGGGGAGAAGCCAUUUGUGUCCAUGGCUGAGUUUGCAGAGAUUGUGCCAGUGAUGAUGUUAGGGUCAAUAUCAAAGAGAUGGGCCGUUCCUGGCUGGAGAUUUGGCUGGAUGGUCACCCUUGACCCUCAUUGCUUCAUGAAAGAUUCUGGGCUUGUUCACAGUCUUGCCAACGUCCUCAACAUGUCGACAGAUCCCACAACUUUUAUUCAGGGGGCAAUUCCUGAUAUCCUUGGGAAGACAAAAGAGGAUUUUUUCUCAUCAAAACUCGAAGUUCUAAGAGAAUGCGCAGAGACUUGUUACGAGGAGAUCAAGAAGAUCCCUUGCAUCACUUGCCCUUACAAACCUGAGGGGUCGAUGUUCACUAUGGUCAAGCUAGACUUUUUGCUUCUUGAAGAUAUCAAGGAUGAUUUGGAAUUCUGCUGCAAGCUGGCCAGAGAGGAAUCUUUGAUCAUCCUACCAGGUCGAGCUGUUGGGCUUAAGAAUUGGCUACGCAUCACCUUUGCUGUCGAGCUCGAGCUCCUUAGAGACGGUCUUUCAAGGCUUAACAACUUUGCACAGAGACACUCCAAGAAGCAGCCUUGAGAAUCUAAACAAGCAUUUCAAAAUCCAUGUUUUUGUACUACUCUGGUGCCUAGUGUGUGUGUGUGGCUCCUCCUCUACCGUUAAGAGAUUCUUUUGCCAUUACGGCGUUAGAAUUAGACGGAGCUUAUUACCGUCAAGAUUUAAAUGGAACCUUAAA